GGGCGGGACCGGAGGGCCAGCAUGGGGCCUUGGGGCUCCCCGACUUCCGACUGCGGAGGUUGUCCCUGUGACUGCCCUUCCGGGAUGGCGACAGUUCCAGGGGCCAGGGACAGCGGUCGUGGACGCCGCGCCCUCGUGGCUGCAGAGCUCGGUUACCGCGGCUCUCCUGCUCCUGUCCCCAGGACUCGCAGUUCCCAGCCUGGAGUCGGGUGUCCCGGGUGGCUUGAGGACACAGGGUGCAGCCCGUCCUGACAGGCCCAGCCUGGGCCGCCAAAGCAAGGGGCCUCCCGAGGCGACGUUCGGCUCCCUAGCGCCCACUCCAUCUGCUCCAGCGGCCUCGCAGCCGAUCCGAAAGCUGCGGUGCCUACAGCCCCGCGGGACCGAAGCCUGACUGAUGUCGAGGGUAAUAGGGACCCAGAGGCAGCUCCGAGGGCUCUUACCCAGACCGGAACCAUUAGCUCGCCUUCUACAUGUCACUGUGGAGUGAACUGAGGGGUUUGCUUCCCCCCGCCAAAAUUCUGCAACUAUUACAGCUAGCUAGCUAGCUCCCUCUUAUCUGCUGCUGUGCUUUGCACAUUUCAGUGACCCAGGCGAGCCGCAGUGGGAAAAUGAAAUGGGAAAUUCCAGAAAUAAACCAUCAUUAAUAGGCUGACACAGGGUUCCCUAGUUGUUGCCCCAGGCUUAAUGAUUGUCCAGAAGGCGGCUAUAAAGAGCCUGGGUGGAGGAGGGAGCAGAAAAACACAGCUCAGCAGAUCUGGGCGUUAAGAGAGCAGCAAGCAGGAGCCGUCAAGAGGCUGUGAUCAGAAGCACCGUGACUUGGCCUGCAGGGCCUGCUUUUUCAGCCAUGGCAGCCCAAGGCUACGGCUAUUACCGCGCUGUCAUCUUCGCAGCCAUGUUUGGGGGCUACAGCCUGUACUACUUCAACCGCAAAACCUUCUCCUUCGUCAUGCCAUCUCUAGUGGAAGAGAUUGCUCUGGACAAGGACGAUUUGGGGCUCAUCACCAGCAGCCAGUCCGCAGCCUAUGCCAUCAGCAAGUUUGUGAGUGGGGUGCUGUCUGAUCAGAUGAGUGCUCGCUGGCUCUUCUCCUCUGGGCUGCUCCUGGUCGGUCUGGUCAACGUCGUCUUCUCUUGGAGCUCCACAGUACCAGUCUUUGCUGCUCUCUGGUUUCUUAAUGGCCUGGCACAGGGGCUGGGCUGGCCCCCUUGUGGGAAGAUCCUGAGGAAGUGGUUUGAGCCAUCCCAGUUUGGCACUUGGUGGGCCGUGUUGUCAACCAGCAUGAACCUGGCCGGAGGUUUGGGACCUAUCUUGGCAACAAUCCUUGCCCAGAGCUACAGCUGGCGCAGCACACUGGCUAUGUCUGGGGCACUGUGUGUGGCUGUCUCCUUCCUCUGCCUGCUGCUCAUCCACAAUGAACCAGCUGAUGUUGGACUCCGAAAUCUGGACCCUACUCCCUCCAAGGGCAAAAAGGCUUCAUCAAAGGAGGAGAGCACCCUACAGGAUCUGCUGCUGUCCCCCUAUCUGUGGGUGCUGUCCACUGGCUACCUUGUAGUUUUUGGAGUAAAGACCUGCUGUACAGACUGGGGCCAGUUCUUCCUCAUCCAGGAGAGAGGGCAGUCCGCCCUAGUGGGUAGUUCCUACAUGAGCGCCCUGGAGGUUGGAGGCCUUGUGGGCAGCAUUGCAGCUGGCUAUCUGUCAGACCGGGCCAUGGCCAAGGCAGGGCUGUCUGUGUAUGGGAACCCUCGUCAUGGCCUGUUGCUGUUCAUGAUGGCUGGCAUGGCAGCAUCCAUGUUCCUCUUCCGGGUAACGGUGACCAGUGACUCACCCAAGGAUGCUGCUUUCUGGACUUCUGCUCUCCAUCCUCUGGCUGAGCUCACAGGCUUUACGGAGCACGAGAUCUGGAUCCUGGUGUUGGGAGCUGUGUUUGGUUUCUCUUCUUAUGGUCCCAUUGCCUUGUUUGGAGUCAUAGCCAAUGAGAGUGCACCUCCCAACUUGUGUGGCACCUCUCAUGCUGUUGUGGGCCUCAUGGCGAAUGUGGGCGGAUUUCUGGCUGGGUUGCCCUUCAGUACCAUUGCCAAGCACUAUAGCUGGAGCACCGCCUUCUGGGUGGCAGAAGUGAUUUGUAUAGCCAGCACAGUUGUCUUCUUCUUGCUUCGGAAUAUCCGCACCAAGAUGGGCCGCGUACCCAAGAAGGCAGAGUGAAGAGAGUACUCACUAUGGAGCAUCCCCAACCUCAGCCUCCCUGGCAGGGCAUAGAAAGGGAGAAGCUGCUCUAGUUAGCAUGGAACCUUCGCCUUUCUGUGUCCACACUGUCUCCUUGGACCUCCAUGGUGCUACAAGUUAUCAGUGGCUAAUGAGAUCCUAGCUCCCAUUCUAUGCUCUAUUUAAAUGUUUGUUUUUAGACUCCAGCUUCUAUUUCUACCUUCUAGCAGACAGAGAAACUCCUGCAUUCAGAUGUCUCCUAUACCCUUCUUCCUCUCCUAGGUCCUGUCCUGUCCCCAUCUCCUAGUGAGGUAAAUCUGUUUCUGCAGCUGCAGAACAGUAAUGCCUGUGCUUUCUGGUGUACCCCAAGGCUUCUUGGCAGGGGACAAAGUUAUUGCCAAUACCUCAGUCUCAAGGGAAGAGAGGAAGCCACCAUUCUCAUCAAUACCCUGGGACAAAAGGGGGGAAUAUAGUGGGCAAGCCGACUUGUUAUAGAUUUAAUAAAACUAGAUUUGAUACUAAA